UUUUUUUUGUCAAAGUGAGUGUGUUCAACUAUACAUUAUAUUAUAGACAUGUACUGUAGAUUGACAUUUGGUAUCAGCAAAUAGCAGUUGUACUCUCUAAUUCUAAACACUCAUCGGGAGCUAGCUAGUUUUUCAUUUUCAAUAAUAGUUUGUCUUAGGUUAUUAAUUAAAAACAUGUGUGUUAUUUAUAAGAUAAUUUGUGUUCAACUCUCAAAGAAAAAAGAAAGGGAAAAAAACUAGUUAAUUAGGUCUUUCCUGAGAAUGAAGCAAGAAUCACAUGCAGGCAUGAAAUCAAAUGGUUGAUUCAAAAAGUCAAAACACAUUUAAGGAACCACACGUGAGCGAGAGAGAGCUAGCGGUCACAGAGUUGGCAUUUAUGCUUUUCUUCCCUCUCCCUCUCACUAUUCUCUCUCCAUUGAUGCUUUUAUCUCAGACUGAGAGUGCUCUAUUGGAUUCUGGAGAACUAUAAUUCUGGAAUCCUCGUACAUCAACCAAAGAAAUAUUUCUCAGCACCAACAAACAAAAGUUCCUCAGCUUUCUGCUCCCCUUCUUAUAAUCAGACAACUCCACCACCCUGAGAGAGCAUGCCUGAAUGUCCAGAGAAAGGGAGAGAGUUGAUGAGAUAGGCAAGAAGUUUAAGAGAGAAACUGAUGCUUCUUCCCAUUAUCAAAUGGGAAGAAGACACAUGUUGGGCCCUCCAGGAACCCUAAACACCAUCACUCCUUGUGCUGCCUGUAAACUCCUCAGACGAAGGUGUGCACAGGAAUGCCCCUUCUCUCCUUACUUCUCUCCCCACGAACCCCAGAAGUUUGCUUCGGUCCAUAAGGUCUUUGGUGCCAGCAACGUCUCGAAGAUGCUCAUGGAGGUGCCGGAGACUCAAAGAGCAGAUGCAGCAAAUAGUCUUGUUUAUGAAGCAAAUGUGAGGCUACGAGAUCCGGUGUAUGGAUGCAUGGGUGCAAUUUCGGCUUUGCAACAACAAGUUCAAUCUUUACAAGCUGAGCUCAACGCAGUAAGGGAUGAGAUACUUAAAUACAAAUACAGGGAAGCCAAUCUCCUUCCAUCUAAUUCUCAUCAUAUGGCUUUGUUCUCUACUUCCGGGGCUGUUUCUGCUGCUUCCUUGCCCCAGACCCCACAGCCAACCCCACCGCCGCCACCGCCACCUCCUAUGCCUCCUGCUUCAUCUUCUUCUUCUAUGUACACUAAUCAACAAACCAGUGCCGCGGAUUAUAGCUCCCUUUCAAGUGAAAAUGUUUCCUUCUUUGGUUAAACUUUAAUUUUUAGGCUGAAAUUAAGACAUCGAUCCCAUUUAAUUUUCUUAUUAUGAUGAUUCUUCAAGUGGAAUAAAAUGAUGAUAAAGAGAGACGUUUUAUAGUGGA